GAAUACAGCAAUUAAGUAGUUGGGCAUUCUCACUGCAAUCGGUAGUUUGUUUCUUUUUCUCAUUCAGAUUAGUCUCUUGCAAUAGGUUGGAAUCGUAAAGAGUUAAUUGUCUUUCCAGUUGUCUGAAGUGGCAUUCUAGUGGCCAAUAGCUUUAAAGGUUGUUCCUGACUGACAGCAUUAAUUAGUAGUAGGUGGAUCAGAUUCGCAAUCCUUCGUGCUUUGUGGAAACAGGGAGGCCAUUUUGGAAUACUGUUGUUGUUGGUUAAGAAAUACAUAGAGCAAGUUGUGCAAGUUUCGAAUCAGUCAGCAGUAAACAUCGUUUAAAUCGGUGGAUUAUAAGGAUGUAUUCAAUGAGAAAACCCCCAUAUGUCUAAAGAUGAAAAGCUGAUCAGUGAACGAGGAAACUUGGAUUUUCUGCCUUGUGGAUUUGCGUCAGGAGGUUAUACUGACAGGACAUGGAUUUUUCCCGACUACACACAUACACUCCUCCUCAAUAUGUGCCAGAGAACACUGGCUAUACUUAUGCACUCAGUUCCAGCUAUUCUACAGAGGCAGUGGACUUUGAGAACACACAUCAGUUGCAUCCAGUGUAUGAUUCACCAAGGAUGUCUCGACGCAGACUACGACCUAUUACUACUGAAUACUAUUCUACAGAAAGCAUGCAUAAUGAGAGCAUUGGCAGCAAUCACUCUUUUACGGGGAGUGUCUUGUCCUAUAAAGAAACUUCAAUAAGAAGUGCAAAACAGCAGCAGAAUCACAGAAGCUUGUCCAAGCAGAUGACAGCUGUGUCCCGUACUCCAAGGAAAAGCAUGGUAGACUCCUCGGUUUCCAGUCAAAGUAGCAUCCUGAGCUAUGCAAGUGAUGCCUCAAUGAUGUCUACAGUGUUGGAUGAGUCUUCAAUACGAGAAAACACAGAAUUAGAUCAUUUCUGGGGACUGGAUGAGGAGGAUGCAGACAGCAAAGGAGGAAAUACAACUUUGACCCAAGCAAAUGGGGACAUACUAACAGGCGAAAUGCAGAUGGCCAUGUACAAUGGUUACACUUGUGCUGACUGCAGCAUCCUUUCUGAGCGAAAAGAUGUUCUGACUGCGUACUGUACAUCCCAUGCACCCACUUCUACGGUAUACUCCCGGAGCAGAAACAAAGACAAGUCAAGAGUGAAGUUGUUCACAAGUCAUGCACACCGAAUGGCAAAGUAUACUUUAUCCACUGCAGCCGCAUGGCUUUUACAACUUUAUCAGACAGUUUUGCUGAAGACAGGGUUUUGCUCCCGAGCCCAUUCAAGUUACUGUGGACAAAUGAAUGUAAAAGAAUUGAUUACUGGGGAUGGACAUCUGAAUAUAAAUGGGGAGUCUUUGUGUGAUGACUGUAAGGGGAUGCAACACGAAACACACAAAUCCACUGAGGUGCAGUCCAUAAAAUACAUGAAGCAUACACGAAUUACACGGACUAUCUGGCUGGUCUUUUCUUAUGCAGGUUCAUUGUUGCUGCAAAUGAUCCAGGCCGCUGGUACUGUUGCCUGGUUUGUAUCCAGGAAGGUCUUGUCUAUUCUGUGGUUGGCCAUUGUAUCUCCAGGAAAGGCUGCCACUGGAGCAUUUUGGUGGCUUGGGACUGGAUGGUACCAGUUGAUUACUUUAAUGUCCCUUCUUGACGUAUUUUUGCUCACCAGGUGUCUUUCCAGAUUGCUUAGAUGGCUGUUCUUACUGAUUCCAUUUCUUCUUUUAUUUGUUGGUUUGCGGUACUAUGGUCUGGCAGGUUUGUGGUCGUUAUUGCCAAUCUUCAAUGGGACAGCAUUACAAACAACGCAACGUUCAAAGGAAAUUGUACCAAAUAUUCAGACAAAUGAGGAGAUUCCAGUUUCUCCACAAAUUCCACUGGAUACUGGACACCAUUUUGACUGGAGCCGUGUGGCAGAGUUGGAAAAGCAGGUUGCUCUUCUGAAUGACAAAUGUAGUCAGACUGCCCACACUUCAGAUGUUCGUCAUGGUCAGCUUGUUGGCUUGUUAGAGAAGCUGCAGGAGCAGGUCAGAGAGAUGAGCGACAAAGAAAAAAUCUCUAUCCUUGUCCGAAAUCUGAUCAGCCAGCAUUCAAACGUGCUGUGGGAGGAUAUAAAGUGGGAAAGGACUGACCAUUCCCAGGACCAGUUUUUGGCUUUACAACAGAAGCACGAGUUAAGAAUCGCUGAACUGGAGCUUAUGCUUCAGAGUUUGUCUAACAGAUCAGAGGAAGUAUAUCAAGAAGUGGAAUUAGCCAAGCACAGCACUACAAGCAAUGAGAAUGAAGAACAGUACCAGCAUCUUGAAUCUGAACUGAAAAGAUUAGAAAUAGAGCUGUCCACAAUCAAGUCCGAACUUUCAAGUAUGCAAGAACUAAAAGCAUCCUGUGCAAAGAUAGAUGGAAUUCAAGGAAAUGUAGACAAUCAGGUUAGAGAACUGGUCAACUUGCUUGUUUUUGGGAGCAGACACACUUCAUCCGAAUCCUUCAGGGAAUGGCUCUCCUCUGAAUUUGCCAGCCAAACUGAACUUCAGAUCCUCUUGAAAGAUUUGGAAAUGAAAAUCCUUAAAAAUCUUACUCAACACUGGAUCGAAACAAAAAGACCCCCCGACGCACAGAUGACUGCAUGUGCGAUUAAUAAUGCUGGAAUAAGUGGAAUCUCUGAGGAACAAGUACAUGUUAUCGUGGGUAAUGCUUUAAGACUGUACAGUGAAGAUCGGACUGGAAUGGUGGACUUUGCUUUGGAAUCUGGAGAUGCUGCCUGACCCACUAAGUUCCUCCAGCAUUUUGUGUGUGUGUGUUACUACAGCGAUGAGGGUUUUGCUGGUUGGUGUAAGAACCAAAUGGAUUGACAUAUGCUCUUGAAAUUCCAACAGCUAAGUAUUCCACAUAAUUUUUUUAAACUACGAUUUUUUCUUUGCUAUUUGUCAUGAAGCACACACACACACACAAUUAGAUUUGUAAAGGCAUAGGUGCUUAGUAAUAAUUAUAGGUUAGUACUCCAUUACAAAUAUCUAAGUGGCAAGGUUAAUUUUUCAGGGUGUUUUACAGUAAGUCUAUUACAUAAAUAACGGAGAAUUUUUGUCAGUGGGGAAUGUCUAAAGAUUACACUGGAAAACUCUGCAGUGGUUGUUAAUGUAUAUGGUGUAUUUUGCUGUUUGCUUUGAUGUAUUUAUGAUAAAUGAAACUGAAUCUGCAGAUUCUGGAUUUCUGCACUUACAGUGUGUACAGUAUUUCAGAAAUGUCAGUUUCAGUAUGGAAUGACAGCAACCAUUGACACUUUCACCCAUGUAUCAGUACAAAACCUAUUGACAUUGUUUCCUACAGAUUUUUAUUAAAGAACAAGGGUGACCUUUUUGAAGGUUGAAACAGACAAUUAUGUUCAUUAUAGUUAGAACUUCCUGUAAACAAUAUGCAAAGGUCCUGUUGCAAUGCCAAGUUCAUAAUCAGCUUUGUGUUGCAUCAACCAGGAAUGUGGUAUAAUUUUUAACUGCAUACCGUAAAUUCCGGUGUAUAAGCUGGACCCCCCCCCCCCCCCCCCCAAUUUUCAAGGUUAAAAAAGUCACCUUUUCAUGUUACCUUUGUAUAAGCCGACCCUUUUUGUAGAGGUUUUUGAUUUAACCAGAAAAGAUCACAAGAUCUCACAUGCCGGUACUCAGCUUUGCCAGAUCCGGAACCUGAAAAUUUUGUGAAUCAGUACCUGCUAAGAAAACAGGCCUACACAUUGUAGAGCGUUAUAAACAAAUUCUUAAUAAAUAAAUCAGGGAGGGAAAUUUUGGAUUACGUUUCCAAUGGAAAAGAAUCCUCUGAAAUGUAACCCACGUGAAACCAUUUAGCACCCAUCGUAAUCUCGUUAAAACAACACGGGGUGGUGGGAUCAGUAUGCAUACUCAGUAUUGAGUUUGUGACCACCAUGUACAAAGAUUAAAACGAAUAGGAUAUGAUGGCUUCAAGCUGAAGGUUGUUGAUUUUGCUAAAGGAACGAAUAAUUCUGCAGCUGCUAAGAAGUUUAGUGUAAAUGAGAAACAAGUGAGAGAGUGGAGAAAGGCAGAAGACAGGCUGAAGGAAAUGCCAAAGACGAAAUGUGCAAAUCACAGGAAAACAUGCCUGUGGCCAGAACUGGAAAAAAAAGUUUUGGAGUGGGUGAAUCACCAACGAUCAUCUGGAUUCAUUGUUACCAGAGAAAUGAUUCGAGUUCAAGCGUUGAAAUGGGACGAAAAACAAAGUGAGGUUAGCGAGCACUUCAAAGUUACAUGAAGUUGGUGCACCUGAUUUAUGAAUAGACGUGAUCUUGUGUUGAGACUUAAAAACAAAGUUUGCUCAGAAAAUUCCCGCGGGGUGUUGUUUACGUUCAAGAACACUGCUGGGUGGGCGAAGCGGGUUGCUUGAAGUAGGUUAAAGAGGUAUGGCAUCGACAUCCUGAAGGUUUCAGGAAGGAAAAAUCGCUACUUGCCUGGGACAUGUUCAAAGCACACUUCUCAGGUGAGACAAAAGUAGCAUCAAAAGCUGAAACUACAGACAUUGCAGUCAUCCCUAGUGGUUUGAUGUCCGAGCUCCAGCCACUAGAUGUGAGUUGAAACAAACCAUUCAAAGAAUUCCUGCGAUGACAGUGGAACGAAUUUGACUCAAAAACAGCCAAUAAAUACAACCUGUCUUCCAUGUAUUCAUCUUUCCAAAGUUGGCACCCUCUGUAUAAGCUGACCCCCUAAUUUUAGGACCAAAAUUUAGGGUCAAAUUCUUGGCUUAUACACCAGAAUUUACGGUAAAUGAAUUGCUAUACUAAUAAUACUCUGAACUUGCAGAUCUGUUACUUUCCGUAACACUAUACAUGGUUCCUGGGUAUAAAGUUGAGUUCUGUUUCUCUUUGAAUCUGCGUCUGACCAUUUAAAGGUGCUGUCCAAGCUUGUGUAAAUGCUUAUUAACAGCUCUUUUGUUUCUGGGAAAUUUCAACCCCUUUUCUAGGUCAAACUAAUACCUUCUCAAAUUCCGUUACUGAUUACAGUGAAAUAGAGCUUAAUAUCUCUUUAAAGAAAUCAUUGCAGUUCAUAUUUGUGCACCUGAAUGUGAAUUAUUAGAUAAAUAUGGACAGAUUUUAAAUGCCACAGAUAAUACCAGUUUGCACGAUCGUCAGCUACAUACUGGAAACCAGAAUAAACAGUUUCCACCUGGCGGACAAGUUGUGUACACAGCUGGUUGUGGUGUUUGCAUACUGGUUUCCUCUCAGGUGCCCUGUUCCUCAAAUAUUGAAAAGUUUAGAGUGGACACAGAGAGGAUGUUUUCUAUAGUGGGGGAGUCUAGGAUCAGAGGGCACAGCCUCAGAUGUCCAUUUAGUAGAGAGAUGAAGAGGAAUUUCUUUAGCCAGAGGGAGGUGAAUCUGAAAUUCAUUACUGCUGAUGGGCUGUGGAAGCCAAGUCAUUGAGUAUAUUUAAAGUGGAGGUUGAAAGGCUUUUGAUUAGUCAAGGGGCCAAAAGUUACAGGAAGAAGGCAGGAGAAUGGAUUUGUGAGGGAUAAUAAAUCAGCCAUGAUGGAAUGGCUUUGAUGGGCCAAAUGGUCAAAUUCUGCUCCUAUGUCUUAUGGUUCUCUUGCAACCCAGUGACUUGCUAAUAGUUUAAUUAACAAUUACAAAUUCUGUCUAGUGUAGAUAUUUGGUGACUGUGUGUGUGCCUGUGUGAAAGAGAGAGAGAAAGUUUGUGGGGGGGGGGGGUGGUAGAGAAAGUGGGGAAAAUGGGAUUGCUCUGAGUUGGCCUAGACUUGAUGGGCUGAACAGCCUUCUACAGUAUGUUGUUUGAAAAAUGUGAAUCUACCCUGUUUGACUUUCUGUCAAGCUUUGCUUUAGGCUUCUUUCAAAUGGAAGUGCACACCAAGUCCAUAUACUUGAGACUGGCAUGUGCAAGGGUUGUGCAAGUAUAGAGAUUUAAAACUAACAAAUGAUGAAAUUGCUGCUUGUGGUUUCUGACUUCUCUGUGGGAUCUUUCCUGAACAGAUUCACCCCUUGAUGAAAGGAAGUGAUGUAACUCUACAGUUCAAAUUCCUUUCAUUCUGCAACAAAAUGCACUUAGUACAAAAGCAAAUCUGAAUCAGGGUUUAUUAUUUUUGAUGUAUGUCAUGAAACUUUUCAGUUGUAGUGUAGAAGAUGAGAUAUUUUAGUUACUAAUCUAUUUUGGAGAAGCAUAGAUGAUAAAUAGACUUGACAAAUUAAGAAUAGCACAGGUACUUCUUGUCUUGCCGACUUUGGACACUUGACACUACUAGAGAACUAUAAUGCAUGGCAAUCCCAAAUAAAUAGAUUCUGUAGAAAAUAGUAAUGACUACAAACCUAUUGAAGUGUAACUUUAUACAACUUAGGAAGUGUUUUACUCUGGCUGCUGUAUUCAUAUUGAAUGUGUGACAAUUCUGUUACAGUGGGAUAUGUACCAACUAUCUGAGCAGUGAAACUGCCAGGCAUUGUAUUGUAAGGUGUGGAAUAUCAAACUGGAAUAAAUGGUUCGUCCAAAGGGCACACAAGUGUGAACGGGAUGGAUUUCUCCGAAGAGAUGUCUAGGACUGUACUUCACUGAAUUUGUGAUGGCAUUGAUUGAUUGACCUGGAAAAGAGAUUAAAAUUUCCCAAAGAAGAGCUGUUAAUAGACACUUGGCAUAACUUGGAAAGCACUGUUUUCUAGGAUUGUGGUGAAUAUUGGUAGUUUGAGUUGAGGCGUUUGAUUUUGCAGUGUUUGCCGAGCUUGGCAUUUAGCUGGCAGACACUUCAUCACCCGUUGAAGUGAUAUCCUCAGUGCACAGUUGUUGGAGUUUCUCUGGGAGUGAUCAUUGUUAUAAACCCCCCUCCCCCCACCAUUCAUUUACACAGUUCUGAUUGGCUACUCCUUCAGUUGACCUUUGAAUUCUAUUGGUAUGAGUUUCUUUGGCUCUUU